UUUCGAGGUCAUAGAUUGUGAGGGUUUUUCAAUCUUGUGAUGACAAGUAGUUCAAACAGACGGGAUAAUACUAAACUGCAAAAUGAAAGACACCAGCUCAUAAUUCAGGAGUUACUUCGUGAUGACGACAAUAAGUACUGCGCAGAUUGUGACGCAAAAGGACCACGUUGGGCUUCCUGGAAUAUUGGCAUUUUCCUGUGCAUAAGAUGUGCAGGGAUACAUCGCAAUCUGGGUGUUCAUAUAUCCAAAGUUAAGUCAGUUAACCUUGAUACAUGGACUCCUAUGCAGUUGGCUGUUAUGAGGGAAAUGGGUAAUAGCAGAGCACGAGCUGUAUAUGAAGCAAAUUUGCCCGAUAAUUUUAGAAGGCCACAGACAGAUGCUGCGUUGGAGACGUUCAUUCGAGCAAAGUAUGAACAGAAACGGUACAUAGCGCAAGAAUAUACCCCAAGUAAACCCGAUGUAGAAUCAUUAAUGAAAGAAUUGCAACGUCUUGAAUUGUCUCAAAAGAAAAAAUCGCCUACUGUGAGCUUGGGUGCUCAUUUACAACAGCCUACCAACAGAACGCAUCGUCCAUCUAAGGAGCUACCAGUAACAUCAUCUGAAACAGAUAAUGUUAACAGGACAAACAACGAUUUUGACCUUCUGGGGCUUGACAGUGCUUCUAGUUCAGAAAAUAAAAAUAAUCUAUUUGAUCACGGUGGUUUUAGUCAAGCAACUUUUGGAAAUCAACAAAAACAGUCGACUGUUGGACAACAACCAGUCAGCUCACUAGUAGAUACGACCCAACAUAUACAAAAACCUAAAGAUACUGCAUCUAGCGUGACAUCUGAUCUUCUGGGUUUGGACUUUGGAUGCACUAACUUGGUCGGUGAAAAGGCUACAAAUGCAGCUAAUGAUGGACAAGUGUCUUCAGGAUCCACGUCAAAGAUAACCAAAGAUUCAAUCUUGGCUUUGUAUCAGCAAAGCGCACCGCAGUCAAGUAGUUUGAGUUCCGCAUUAUAUCCCGGAACUAUGGGACAGUUCUCAACUUCUAACUUUUCAGGAAAUCAAUACUUUGGAUGUAAUCCUCCACUUGAUAAUUUUACGCAUAACAAAAAUAUAAACAAUUCGGGUAAUGGGGAAACGAAAGAGCCAUAUUUUCCUCCCAAUCAAUUUUUAUCAUACGGUUUGGGUAUAAAUCCAGCUGGAACUAAUAAUUUGAAUGGAUCAUUGCAAUUCAUUCCUCCGUCACCUAAUUUCGCUGUCUGGCCUGAAAAUAAUACCUCCGCAUGCUCAUCUAUUGCAACACAACCGAAUCAGAACAUUGUUCGUCCGAAUCAGUCGUUUGCUUUCAGUAAUACAUUAAACUCCAACCCUAAUAAUCCAUGCACGAACACAUUAUCUCAGUUAUGGAAUAUGAAUAUGAAUCCAACAUUAUCAAAUCAAACGUUUGGGAAUUUCGUUUCUCACUCAGCAAAUAACAACGUGGCACCAAACAAUGAAAUGUAUUUAUCUCAGAACACAUUCAGUAUAGUUUUCAUCAUAAACUGAAAUCAACUAGAAAGCCAUGAAAAACUAAUAUGAAGUAGAAAUCUAUUUUAUCGUAGUUCAGAUCUCAUCAACGACGCGAACUGGUGAGUUCACUAAGGAUCGAACUCAUUGCCUUUAGGUUUUAAUAAUAGCUGUAGACCACUGAAUCGAAGCCCAGUAAUCACAUUUCCAACUUCAGUUAUUUUACGAUACAGAUAUUGUUCUUAUCGUGAGUUCUUAAAGUCUUUCGUCGUAUUCGUCAUUGGUGUACAUUAACAACAAGUUACAAAGUAUAACGACAUUGCCGUAUUGUGCUUUGCUGUCCUCGUCAGUGGUCAACCAGAUAAAUUCAGUUAGUGGCAAAAACAAGGCUUUUAAGUUUCAUACAUACAUUUGAAGUCUUGUAUUUUUCUUAGCCAUGUGUAUUUUUUUUCACAAAAGUUUAAAUUGUCUAUUUAUUUUACCUCAAUGUACUUCAAUUAAAAAUUUUCAAUAUUGUUAGUAGUUUCAAAACUUUGUAGUCGACUUUUGAUUCAUUACAUAAUAUGUGACCUCCCACUUAUUAAUAUUUAUCAUUUUUUUGGGCUAUACAAAAAUCAUACAAGGUCACUGAUUCCCUCCCUAACUUUAUCUCCCUUCAUGUGUUAAUAGGUUUUGUUUUUUUUAGCGUAAAUUUCUAACGCUCGAUUGCUACGCUAAAUUUGCUAAAUAAAAUCCGAUUUCUAUCAAUCUUAAAAGUUCAUUGACAAUACAUGAUAUAUUUAUUCAUCUCAAUUUCAGGUUAAAAGUCAAUUAACUUCAUUAUAUCUUGGUAAAAGUUCACUGAAUCCAUAAAAUUUGUCAACUAACUAUCCGAUAGUUUGGAUAAAUUUAACUAUCGUCAAAUGUGCAUAUCUUAUAGAAAAUACAAACAAAAUUAUCAUGUCACCUUAUACAUUUAGUUGUUCCCAUAGAUCAACUGUGAUAUAUUUAAAAAUGAAUAAUCAAAUAUUUGACAUUAUAAUUCAUGUUAAAUUUUCUACCAUAUAAAUUCAAAUCUUUUGUUUUAUUGGGACAGCAUUUUAACCCCAGUAGUCCGUUUUAAAUGUAUGUAAAAAUGUUUGUAUUUGUAGCGUCUUUUCUCUUCACUUACUCUUACAAUCUCACAAAUAUUGUUUUUCUAUUACACUGAUACGAAUCAAUUGUCGUUGAUAUAGUUUUUUUUUCUUGUUUUGCUUAAAUAAUGAUUCACAUUGGUAUAUAUAUAUAUAAUCUUUUGACCUUGAUUUCCUCGUAACCAAUAUAAACAAGUUGAUGAUUUGGCAGAUAUUUCUUUCAUCUAUCUUGUUCUUACUACUACACACACUCUUUUUUUCUGUUCACUUGAAUGACAAACAAUAGGUUUUUGUUGUAAUGACCCAUUUAUAGGUAAAGUUUAAUCUAUUCUCUUUAUUUCCCUACACAAUGUUUUAAUUAAUUACUAUUUGUCGAUUGGACUAUUUUAAAUAAGUUUUUGUUUUGAAAAAAAAACUUCUUAAAAAUAUUUUCUUUUACCAUAUAAAGUUUUUGUUUAUUCCGC